GACCGAUAACCAAGCGCGCUUCAAACGUUCGUCCAGGGGCUCGUCCACGAAGCACUGGGCGUGAGUUACAACGUGCAUCGCAGCACCGAACCCUUGGACAUUUCGAAAAGUCCUCGUUUAGCCACUGCGUUCACGUAACAGCACCUACGCAAUGUAUCCAUAUGAAUAUGAUGGGUACAGCGACAAUCCUCCUGAACUGGCGGCUACGCCGAGUCCUAGCCGAGGGGCGACCUGGGGAACCGAGAUGCCAAGUGAACCGGCCGCCUACUCUGUGGAGAACUUCGAACCGAGUCCUCCACAGGAGCUCGUGUGCACCGUUUGCCGGGGGGUGUACCGAGACCCUGUCGAGUGCCCCUGUCGACACGUGUUCUGUUCUACCUGCAUCCGGGACUGGCUGGGCCGUGACAUGAGUCCUGGAUCCCACAGCUGCCCCAUCUGUCGCCGAGAAAUUUCGAUGUCACAGGUGGUACCCGUGGUUCCCCUGGUGACAAACAUGAUCGCCCGUCUCACGGUGCGCUGCCCCAACAGAGACACAGGCUGCACAGCAAAGGUGGCUAUGGAGUCACUCAGCUGUCACCUGGAGACUUGCGAGUUCCGCAGAGCACAGUGCCCGGACUGCGCUGCCCCGAUGCUGGCAUCCGAGUUGUCCACGCACCGGCGCGAGAGCUGCUCCAGGCGGAUGGCACGUUGCAGGGGUGACUGCGGCUUGAACUUGGGCGCCGAUACACAGGGUGACCGUGAGUGUGUCCGCGAGAUGCGUUGCUGCAUCACCAGGAUGGAAGGCACGCUCGACACACUGCGCCAACAGAUGGCGUACACGCUGCAGCAGCUGUUUUACGUGAACCGCCAGCUCCGACAGAUAACUGCUCGAAUGGACGCAUUGUCUGCGCGCAUGGCUGCACAACCCGAAGCUCCAGCUACACCAAAGUCAUCUGCAUUGAGCCCACAACGCUGGAGUCAAAAACGUGGAAAGCACCUACCUGGGCGAAGCUUGUUUGAAAGCAAAACCAGCACUGGAGCCAGUGGAUCAUCCUCCAUUGAAUGCGCCGAUCGCCUCUCCAUGCCUACUUCACACAAGCACCGGUGGGAGUUGCCCACCGGUCCUGCUUUCCGACCUGUUGACCCACCGCAAAACGAACACGCACGACAGUGUGCGCCAGCAUUCAAGUCACCUUCUGAUCGAGGCCCCACGGCCAAUCUCAUCCACGACACUGACGGACAGAGCGGCCAGUCCCACUUCGAAAUUUACGUUCCGCCAGAAAUCAGUCGCUUCGAAGGAGGAGCAUUCCUUCCCUUCACGGAGCCCCCCUUAAACCCAAACUCUACUGUCCGUACGGCAGGCCAAAAGCUACCUGUAUUCACAUUUGGUGCGGAACGUGCAUCAGAAUCAUCAUUGGCACCGAACAUGUCUUCCGCUGCAUUUCACAUGGCGCCCCCGAAAUCGGAUACUUCUGCACGGCUUCGUGAUUUCAUCCUCUCUGAGACCCAGGCUGGAGCUCGCCCACCGACUAUCUCACAUUCUGCAUCAAUGAACACAACCGCGCCAGGAGAGGCGCAGACAUCGACCUCCAUUAUGGAGCUGACCACCGAAAUAGCAUCGGAACUCCGUCUAGACCCAACCACUUCCAGUUCUGGAGUCGCUGGUGGCUGGCAGACUCUUCCUCCUGACAUCGUCGCGAUGCAGGCGGAUAAUUUACCUGCUAGUCCUCACACGCUGCCGCCCGCUCAGGUGACCCAGCGGAACGCCAGGGACUCCGGCAUGUUGUACGGCCAAUUUAGCGGCGAUGAUUGCUGCUUCUCACGCUUCGUGCAACGAAUGAGGGAAAAUGCAUUACACGACGACAGUAGCGACUCGCCAGAUGAUGGGUGA